UUGGAUGAGACGCCACUGACUUACUUUCUUUAAAUCGUUCACAUCGUUUCAUACAUAACCUCAAGUCCUCAACAUUCAACAAAUAACUAACCUUAUUUCUACCUAGUUCACUUUCUCGUCUAUUAUCCAAAUAAAUUAAAAAUGUCUGUGACUUUACAUACCGACGUCGGGGAUAUCAAACUUGAAUUAUUUUGUGAAAUUUGCCCGAAAACUUGUACAAAUUUCUUAGCAUUGGCCGCAAGUGACUAUUACAAUGGCUGUUUGUUUCAUCGCAACAUUAAAGGGUUUAUUGUACAGACUGGUGACCCAGGUGGAACUGGUAAAGGAGGCAAUUCUAUUUGGAACAAAAAAUUUGAAGACGAGUUUAAAGAAGAAUUGAAGCAUUCCGCAAGAGGAAUUGUUUCCAUGGCCAACAAUGGUCCGAAUACAAAUGGGAGCCAGUUUUUCAUUUCAUACGGAGCCCAUCCUCACCUGGACCUAAAAUAUACAAUAUUUGGAAAAGUAAUCGAUGGAUUGGAAGCUUUAGAUGAGUUGGAAAAGUUACCCGUAAAUCCGAAAAAUUACAGACCGCUUAAUGAGACACGUAUUAACAGUGUUACUAUUCAUGCUAAUCCUCUCGCAGGUUAAUUGAUUUAAUAAACACUGUCGAUUUCUA